GGACCAAGUCGGAGAAGGGGGGAGGGAGAGAGGAGAGGCUCGUGCACGCGCCCCACUCACUGCGGGUGCGCGAGCAGCGCGCUCCCGCCGCCCGCGUCGCCAUCUUUUCCCCCUCCGUCUGUCUGUCUGCCGUUGGCUUUGUCCGUCUGCAGCGCCGCCCCUCGGCUCCCCGCCACCGGCUCGGCCCGAAACCGCCCUCCGCCUGCCGGGGCUCAGUCCCGGAGAGCCCCGGCCCAGCCGGCCCGAGCUGCGGCCCGGGGCCCAUUGUCCGGCGGUCCGUCUGUCCGGAGGCGGGGCCCAGGGACGCGGCGCGCCGCGGUGCGCCGAGGCUCCGGAUACAAAUCACUGGGAUUCGGGCGAGUUUACUUUGCUCCGUGGGAACUGCACCAGAGCUGGAGAUAUGAUAGAAGACUGCCUGAAAGCUGCUUCCUUUGCCACUUCCUGUGGAGGCCUGUCUUUGCCAUUUGCGGUUUCUUUCUUUUGGUCAGCACCCUGCAAGGAAGUAGUAACAUAUCCAGUUGUGAAACUGGGAAAGGCCAGAACUUUUGGAUCAGGAAAACAUGUCCCGUCGGAAACAGACAAAUCCAAAUAAAGUUCACUGUCCAAAAGCAUGCAUCUACCCAGAAGAAUUCAGUAACUAAUCCAGUUGGCCAUGGUCUUGUGGUUACAGUGGAACCACCAUGAAGAAAAAUAUUUUACUUCUGCAAAGAAGGAUGAGAAGGGGAUCAAGUAUUUGCUGGGCUAGAAGAGCAAGCCCGCCAGGCGAUGAUGAAAACUGAUUUUCCUGGAGACCUUGGCAGUCAGCGACAAGCUAUCCAACAACUAAGAGAUCAGGACUCCAGUAGCAGUGACAGUGAGGGUGAUGAAGAGGAGACCACACAAGAUGAAGUCUCUUCCCACACAUCAGAGGAAGAUGGAGGGGUGGUCAAAGUGGAAAAAGAGUUAGAAAAUGUGGAGCAGCCUGUUGGUGGGAGUGAAGUGGUAGAGCAUGAGGUCACGGGGAACUUGAAUUCUGACCCCUUACUUGGACUCUGCCAGUGUCCCCUCUGCCAGCUAGACUGUGGGAGCCGCGAGCAGCUGAUUGCUCAUGUGUACCAGCACACUGCAGCAGUGGUGAGCGCCAAGAGCUAUAUGUGUCCUGUCUGUGGCCGGGCCCUAAGUUCCCCAGGGUCCUUGGGUCGUCACCUCCUAAUCCACUCGGAGGACCAGAGGUCUAACUGUGCUGUGUGUGGAGCCCGUUUUACCAGCCAUGCCACGUUUAACAGCGAGAAACUUCCUGAAGUACUUAAUAUGGAAUCCCUACCCCCAGCCCAUAGUGAGGGCCCCUCCAGUGCUGAGGGGAAGGACAUUGCCUUCAGUCCUCCAGUGUACCCUGCUGGAAUUCUGCUUGUGUGCAACAAUUGUGCUGCCUACCGUAAGCUCCUGGAAGCACAGACCCCCAGUGUUCGCAAGUGGGCCCUACGUCGACAGAAUGAGCCUCUGGAAGUAAGGCUGCAGCGGCUGGAACGAGAGCGCACGGCCAAGAAAAGCCGGCGGGACAAUGAGACCCCGGAGGAGCGGGAAGUAAGGCGCAUGAGGGACCGUGAAGCCAAGCGCCUGCAGCGCAUGCAGGAGACUGAUGAGCAGCGGGCACGCAGGCUGCAGCGGGAUCGGGAAGCCAUGAGGCUGAAGCGGGCCAAUGAAACCCCAGAGAAGAGGCAGGCCAGGCUCAUCCGGGAGCGGGAAGCCAAGCGGCUCAAGAGGAGGCUGGAGAAAAUGGACAUGAUGUUGCGAGCUCAGUUUGGCCAGGACCCUUCUGCCAUGGCAGCCUUAGCAGCCGAAAUGAACUUCUUCCAGCUACCUGUGAGUGGGGUGGAGUUGGACAGCCAGCUCCUGGGCAAGAUGGCCUUUGAAGAGCAGAACAGCAGCUCUCUGCACUGAACCCCUCCUGCCCUCUCACUCACCCAGGUCCCCAGGGGUCAGUGUGGUAGCCACCCACAGGGCCCUGUCCUUACUGCCAGAGACAGGCCUGGGUUGGCUGCAGGUGGACCUGCGUACCUUUGCAUGUGGGAGCGGGAUGCUGGGAUCAGCCAGAAGCCGACUUAACACGGCUCCGGACAAGGGAGUAGGCAGGCACUCCAGAGAACUGGACUCCCCAGCCCACUGCUGCAGGGCAUGCUUCUAGGACUGCAGGGCCUGGUGCGGCCCACGGAAUUGUGAGGGCAAAUAAAUUAAUUUUAUCUUUACUGGC